CCUUCUUGAGCGCCCCCCAUCUUUCCCCCCUCCUUUUGAUAUGACGGAUAGGCGGGCUGCAGCAGGUCUGUCUGUGCAUGGUGUAAGUCGCCCGCUGGCUGCCCCGGGCAUUGCAAUUCUGCGAUCUGCGAGUAAAGAAUGCUUUGCUCCGUCUGAGUUGCAUCUUCGAGGGGUGUCUGCUGGCUGUCAUUGGAGCCCAAGCUCCUGGGAGUUAGUUGUCUUUGUCUUCUUUUCUCUUCCUUUGGCGCUCAAAAUAUAAAUUAGCCAGGGGGAAGUGGAAAGAGGAAGGCGGCUCUCAUCAACGGAGGAUGAUGAGUAAUGGAGGGGUAGACGAGGGGCUGGUCUGGAAAACGCCCAGAAAAGCUAGAAUGAACUAGAUGGACCGUCUGCACAUGGAGAAAAGCAGUGCUGCAGGGCAGCUCAGGUGGUACAGAAAACUGAAGUCGAGUCCUUGUCAAGGUGACCAAAACAGUAGAUGUACUGUACUGUACAAGUGAAAUCCACUCCAACUAUCUGACAGUCACUCGCGCCCCAUCUCCCCACUCGAUUAACCAAAGAUGUUCCCAAAGUCCCAGGCUG